GCUGUUUUCGCGAUCGCGUCGCGCAUGAGGAUAUCACCAGUUUUCACGGUGCAUUGGCGCACCUGGCGCACUGUUAGAUUCUGAAUGAAUCUCAAAGUAAAAAUUACUGCAGCCGUCGAGGCUCUCUCUAUUUCUUCCUUGGUCCGGGGGACUGCUACAGUGAAAACUCGAUCGCUGAGUGAAGGCUACUUGCUAGCUCCCAUGCCAGAUGAGUGCAGCCCGUGCCACGAGCUGGGUCCGUGUGUCAGCUGUGAGAGAUUUCUACACCUGUUAUGAUAUUUUGAUACCACGACUAAGGGACAUUCUCUGCUGAUAGACGUCCACGCCUCGGAGGAAGUCGAUCCACGGAUUAGGCCCUGGAAACCGUUUCCUUCACCUACCUCCCCUUUGAACUCUGAUGGUCACUUUACGAAGUUGCAGGUGGUUUUAAGAUAUGAGUUUCCCAGUAUCAGCCACAGAAGAAGCGGCCGCUCACUCUGUUCAUGUAAACGACAGUGAAGGAUAUGAUUUUUGACGCUGUUUCUACAACGAAAACGAUGGCGCAGCCGGCGGAAAAAGCAUACUAUCGCUUUGUGGUGCUCUUCUUUAACUGUCUGCUGACCUUUGGGUCCUACUUUUGCUUCGACAUUCCCAGUGUGUUACAGGAUCAGUUCCAAGGGAACCUGACGUGUCCCAAUGCGACGGUGAUCAAUGGGACAGUGGACUGUGUGGAGGGACUGGGGAUGACCCCUCAGCAGUACAAUCUUCUCUAUGCCAUCUAUGCUUGGACGAAUGCAGUAGUGGUGAUCCUGGCUGGAUUCCUGAUUGACAAAUUAGGAAAUCGCUUCGGUGUGUUUCUCUCCUCUUUUCUCUGUGUUUUGGGCUCAUCGCUGUUUGCUCUCGGCUCCCACUUCAAGGGAUCUCCCUACUUGCUGCCGCUAAUGCUCACAGGCCGUCUGCUGUUUGGAUCAGGCACUGGAUCUCUGACUAUUGUUCAGAAACGCAUCACAGCCUUCUGGUUCAAAGGGAAGGAGUUGGCUUUGGCUUUCAGCCUGACCGUGGCCCUCUCGCGGCUGGGCUCGGUGUUGAACUUCUUCCUCACGCAGAAGUUUGAAGAAAAAUAUGGCAUGCAGUGGACACUCUGGGGUGGCGCACUGUUGUGUGUGCUGGGCUUCACUUCCGCUGUCAUUGUCAGCACCUUGGACAAGAUUGGAGUGAGACAGCUGGGUCUCGAUGGAGCCAUCCAAGAAGAGUCUCGCAAAGUGAGGAUUCAGGAUGUGAAGCUCCUGUCAGUAAGAUACUGGCUGCUGGUUCUCACCAUCAUGUUCUUCUACAACGGCGUCUUCCCCUUCAUUGCUGAUGCAAGCAAGUUCAUCCAGGAUAAGUACAGCUACUACAGCCAGGAGGAGGCAGCUUAUAUUGUGGGAGCAGUCUAUGACAGCUUAGUGGUCCUCUCAGCCAUCGUGGGCAUUCUCAUUGAUUAUGUGGGUCUGCGGGGAGUUUUUGCAUUGGCGAGCGCCGUCUUCACGCUGCCCGUGUUUGGACUCCUGGCUUUCACUUUUGUCCCUCCUCUGGUUUCAACCAUAUGGCUGGGAGUCACCUACUCCUUUGCUGCUGCCAGCAUGUGGCCGUCUAUUCCCCUUGUCGUACCUCAGGCAACUCUGGGAACUGCCACCGGCCUGGCCACCUCCGUACAGAUGUUUGGGGUCGGGAUCUCCAAUCUCAUUGUUGGACAGAUACUAGGCACCAAGUCCAGUGAAACUAAGAUCCCGCUGUGGCGUUGGCAGAGGAUGAUGAUCUUCAUGUUGGCCAACACCAUCAGCUGCAUUGUGACCUCAGUGCUGCUUAACGUUGUUGAUCACAGACAGGACGGGAUCCUCAACAAGACAACCAAGAAGUCAGGGCAGGCACAAGAAGGCUCCAAGAACUCGGGCGCAGAGAAACUUGAAGUGAAAGCCGCUCACCCAGGCAGAGGAGAGGAAGAGCCAAAUGAACAGAAAGGAAAAAGUGCACACUUUCUUUAGUAAAGUAGAAGUACAGAUACCUGGGUUAAAAUAAAAUACUCAAUUAAAAGUUGAACUACUGAAGCAAAUUUUUUACCUAAGCAAGAGAGAAAAAGUACAGGCUCUGAAAUGUACUCAAAGUAGGCAAGUAAAAAGUUCUUGAAGGACAAUUCUACUGAAUUGUCCUUCAAGAACUGUUAAAAUGACAAUCAAUCUAAUUGAAACAGCUGCAUGUUACAGAUGUGGCCUCAAAGAUUUGUAGUUUAGAUUUAAAAGCACUUAAUGUAAUGAACUCAGUCAUUUUCCAUUCGUUCUGCAGUUUGUUCCAAGCUAAGGGUGCUAAAUGAACAAAAGCUCUCUUACCAAAUUCAUUUUGGGCAAAUAUACCAUUUAUACUGUCUUUACACUAGACAGUAUAAUGUUGGAAUUCAGUGAAUGAAUCUAAGCAUCACUACUAUAAAGGGACUGAGUAAGGUGCUGCUGAAAUGGUGGUCAGCAGUAUUUCUCAUGUCAGAGAUAACAGAACUACCAUUAAAGUCAACCUCAGGUCCUUGGUCGCCUCCCUGACUGAGAUACUUCUUGCAAGAAAAGCAUGUGAAGAGUCCUGCCAAAUCAAAAGGUCUUCUACUUCAAUGUUCUUUAAGUCAAAGUGUUCCUGAAUGCUUCUGAAGUCAUUUUGUAAGCGUGGAUUUUCUUCGAUGUCAUGUUAUUCGUCUUCACAUGCAGUGAAUGAGUAACUACCAUCUACUUAGGUAUGUGUCUGCUUGUUUGUUUGUUUUUAAGCAAUAUUUAACUCAUUACCACAGGUUGAUUUCACUCAGGUUAUUAAAUGACAGAUUUUCA